CCCGACCCCUUCCUUCGCCGGUGCAGAACCGCACGCGCAGAGCGAGCGCGGGAACGGGAGAGACAUGGCCCACUCGCCGUCGGGAUCGCGCGCGGCGGCGCCGUCGACCGGGGACGAGGCCUUCACCGACGCGGCAGCGGAUGGUGGCUGCGACUCCAACCUCUCCGCGCUCCUCUUCGACGUGUCGCAGCAGGUGCAGGGCGGUCUCCAGAGCAUGCUCAAGAUGAGCAGCGAGAUCGUGCGGUGUGACGGCGAGAUCGAUGCGGAGGUGGAGCGCGCGAGGGAUGCCAUGGCGGAGAAAGGCCGGGCGCUGCACGACGAGCGGGAGAGGGUCCAGAAGGCUGCCCUCGCCGCGCUCGACAUCCUCAGCGGUGGCCGUGGUGCCAUCUGAUGGGAUGCCGCUGCACACCGCCACCGACGGCAUUGCCCCCACGUCAGAUCACCCACCCCCAUCUGUGAAUGUCCUGUUGCAGUAACUAGUUGCUGCGGUGCGCCCCGGUACGUGUAGCGGUAUGCUUUGGAACAUGUGAAAACGAAGUUUAUUUCUAGAGAUGAUAAAACAGAUAUCUAAGAAGACUAUACGUAGGCAAUGUACAUUUUGAUGGUUAAGUCUUGAUACUGCAUAUAUUACAUAGGGGUGGGUUUACAUACAUAGUAUCAAUAUUUUGCGUUGGGAAAUGGACAUUGAUUUUAUACACGAUGUCCUGUUUGUUGGAGGCUAAAUGAAGAUGAUGGGUAUUGUUUUC